AUGGAUACGAACAUGCGGAAAUUUACAGUUAGAAGAUGGUUUUCUGUGUACCUUCGCAAGAAGUCGCGCUCUAAAAGCUCGAGUUUAUGCAAAUUAGAGGAUGAGAACAUACUUAAAGAAAUUGACAUCAGCCAUCACGUAAAAGAAGGCUUCGAGAAGGCCGACCCAUCCCAGUUUGAGCUGCUCAAGGUCUUAGGGCAAGGUUCCUAUGGGAAGGUAUUCUUGGUAAGGAAAAUCAAAGGCUCUGACAAAGGACAACUCUAUGCUAUGAAAGUGUUGAAAAAAGCAACACUGAAAGUACGAGACAGAGUGCGAUCAAAGAUGGAGAGGGAUAUUCUGGCAGAAGUGAACCAUCCUUUUAUAGUUAAACUUCACUACGCAUUUCAGACAGAGGGAAAACUCUAUUUGAUCUUAGACUUUCUCAGAGGAGGGGAUCUCUUCACCCGGCUCUCUAAAGAGGUGAUGUUUACUGAGGAAGAUGUGAAGUUCUACCUGGCUGAGCUGGCUUUAGCUUUAGAUCACCUUCACAGCCUGGGGAUCAUCUACCGUGACCUCAAACCAGAAAAUAUUCUGCUGGAUGAGGAGGGCCAUAUAAAGAUUACAGAUUUUGGCCUGAGUAAAGAGGCCAUAGACCACGACAAAAGGGCGUACUCUUUCUGUGGAACUAUAGAGUACAUGGCCCCAGAGGUGGUGAACAGGAGGGGUCACACCCAGAGCGCAGACUGGUGGUCCUUUGGUGUCUUAAUGUUUGAAAUGCUGACAGGAUCGCUGCCAUUUCAAGGCAAAGAUCGAAAGGAAACAAUGGCACUCAUUCUCAAGGCCAAACUUGGCAUGCCACAGUUUUUAAGCCCAGAAGUGCAAAGUCUUUUACGUGCGCUCUUUAAAAGAAACCCCGGCAACAGAUUAGGUGCUGGACCUGACGGAGUGGAAGAGAUCAAAAGGCAUAUCUUUUUUGCAACAAUCGACUGGAACAAGUUGUAUAGGCGGGAGAUCAAGCCUCCAUUUAAACCAGCUGUCGGCAGACCAGAGGACACUUUUCACUUUGAUCCUGAGUUCACCUCUCGCACACCCACAGAUUCCCCUGGUGUUCCUCCCAGUGCCAACGCCCAUCAGCUCUUCCGGGGAUUCAGUUUUGUAGCUGCUAACCUGGGCCAAGAGCAGCCUAUAUCUGAGACCAGACCAAGUACCAUCAACCCCAUUGUCCAGCAACUUCAUGGAAACAAUAUUCAUUUCACGGACGUUUAUGAGCUGAAGGAGGACAUUGGUGUCGGGGCAUAUUCAGUCUGCAAGCGCUGUGUUCACAGAAUUACAAGUGUGGAGUAUGCUGUUAAAAUCAUUGACAGAGCUAAGAAAGAUCCAUCUGAAGAAAUAGAGAUUCUGCUGCGAUACGGACAGCACCCAAACAUCAUCACUUUGAAAGAUGUCUAUGAUGAUGGGAAGUAUGUGUACCUGGUAAUGGAACUGAUGAGAGGUGGGGAGCUGCUGGACAGAAUCCUGCAUCAGAAAUAUUUUUCGGAGAGAGAGGCUUCUGCAGUUCUUUGCACCAUCACUAAAACCGUGGAGUAUCUGCACUCCCAGGGGGUUGUCCAUCGAGAUUUGAAGCCCAGCAAUAUACUCUACGUAGAUGAAACGGGAGACCCAGAAUCGAUCCGGAUUUGCGAUUUCGGAUUUGCUAAGCAGCUACGAGCAGAAAACGGUCUUCUUAUGACGCCAUGCUACACUGCAAACUUUGUGGCUCCAGAGGUUCUGAAGAAGCAGGGAUAUGAUGCAGCAUGUGACAUCUGGAGCUUGGGAAUUUUACUGUACACCAUGCUUGCAGGGUUCACUCCUUUUGCCAGCGGCCCUGACGAUACCCCUGAGGAAAUCCUGGCUCGCAUUGGUAGUGGCAAAUAUGCAUUGUCAGGAGGCAACUGGGACACUGUGUCCGACGCUGCCAAGGACAUUGUGACCAAAAUGCUGCAUGUGGACCCCCACCAGCGUCUGACGGCCCCUCUGGUCCUGAGGCAUCCGUGGAUAGUGAACAGAGAGCAGUUGUCUCAGAGUCAGCUCAUCCGACAGGAUGUGCAACUGGUCAAGGGGGCGAUGGCAGCCACAUACUCAGCUCUGAAUCGUUCACCACAAGCCCCAAAACUGGAGCCUGUUCUGUCCUCAUCUUUGGCCCAGAGAAGAGGCAUGAAGAGAUUAACCUCCACACGUCUUUAG